AGUCUGACAGCCAGCCCCAGUUGUCUCUCUCACCUGCUAACACAUACGAAGUUGCUCUCGCGCGUGUGUAUGUGUUAACAGGUAAUGUUGAGGACAGGUUGGCAUACCUAUACCUCUCUGCUGGCAGGGUUGUGUUUCGUCUUCUACGUUGCGGCGCACCUGUAUGCCGAGUGUGUGAUGUGUGUCUAGACACCGUUAGUCGUAAGUCGGAAGGCGAAUGGAAAAGAAUCGCCUUUGCCACUCAGUCGUUGGCUAUCGUUAGUAGAGUUCACUGGUCAAGCUUGUAUCCAGUGGUGGUGACUUCAACGAGUGGGCAGGUUGCCAACCAUUAAGUUGGGGUGACACACAGACAAGAAAUGGCCACUCUGCAGUACCACCAGCAGCAGCAGCAGCAACGUUACUACAACACUCUUGGAGGACAGUCUUCUUCGGGACAGAACAGGCCACCCACAAUGCAGCGCAGAAGGAGUCAGGGCCAGCAAGAAGAUGGCCCGACUCCCAUCUGCCGCUGCAGAGUGCUCUACCUGGGCUCAGCCGUUCCCCAAGUCACCAAAGAUGGCCUUCAAGGCAUCCAGGAACCCUUAAGGGAACUUUAUCCCGAGGGAGGUGCGAUGGGCGCCAAAGGAAUCGACUCGUGGCUGUCUGUGUGGAGCAACGGUUUGCUGCUGGAGAAUGUGGACGAGAACCACCAGCGCGUGACUCGAUUCUUCCCCAUCGAUUCUCUGCACUAUUGCGCCGCCGUGCGCUACGUUCUGGUCCCGUCCACCUCUCCGUCAGCAGCCGGUGGGGGGACUGGUGGCGGUGGCAGCGCAGCGGGAUCGGAAUUGGGCGUCGGAAGAAUGGCCCGCUUCCUUCCGCUCGACUCGCCGUUCGCCCGACACCCCAACAUCCACCACCCGCCGCUUUUCGCCUGCAUCAUGCGCCGCACGACCGGCAUCAAAGUCCUCGAGUGUCACGUCUUCAUCUGCAAACGCGAAACGGCCGCCAACGCUCUGGUCCGGUGCUGUUUUCACGCCUACGCCGACUCGACUUAUGCCCACCACCUCGAAGAGGAGGAGCAACAGGGACAACAACAAGGCAAAAAUUCAUCCAAAAGCACGAGACCAGGAACUGGACGGCCCAGCAAUGGCUCGGCGGUCGUCGUCAGCGCAGAAUCUGACACGACCCUUAACUCUAUUGAAAAGGUCGAGACAUGGAAACUCUACCAACAACAACAGCAACAACAACAGUUAUCUAACGGCCAGUCGCCUAAAGUGGCGCCGGAGGAGACGGCCAGAGAGGGCAGCACGAGCAGCCACGGAAUGGGCAGCGCGUCCGUCUCGAUGUUGAUCCUCGACCACGGAUCGGCCGACGAGGAUAACGCCUCCUCCAUCCUCAACGGAGACCAGAACCACAAGAUCUGGUUGCCUUCGGCCAGCAACUCGGCUGGAGUGCCUCGCCGUUUGGCCGCUUCCGGCCCAGUUGCGCCCGUUGCAGACAUGUACGGCGGUGGCAACCAAGACACGAACACGAUGAGGAGCGUCCGCUCUUCCGCCUCUUCCAUGAUGCCCAACACGUUGCAGACGAGGUCGUCCCGUCCCAGACAGAUUUUAGCUCCCUUUGCUGCUCCGCCACCACCGCCUCCCCUAGUGCAGCCGACGGGCUUGGACGAGCCGGACAGCAAGUUGUUGGCGAAGAAAAUGCGAAAGAAACGGAUUGGAGGUCGUUUAGGUGGAAGCGAUGUUGAUGACAUGUCUUCCGUAGCGACUGGGCCCAUCAAUGGCGGCCGCCGAAGUUCACACAGCGUUUUCAAUUUCCCCAUUCAUCGUGGGGGAGGAGGGGGAGGUCACCCUGGUAUGCCACCACCUCCGGGCUAUCCCAUGAGUUACCCGUUUUUUCCUGGCCAACGCCAACCGCCGCCACCACCGCCACACGGGGCUUAUCUCGUUCCCAUGCCUAUCCCAUUGCCCGCGCACAUUUCCACCAACGGGAAAAAGUCAAAAGGCUUAAAAUUCGGCACUUUUAGCGCCCGUGGCGUUGGCAAGAAAAUGAAAACGAAAAAUCUUCAACAUCCGCCCGGAAGCAUGAUGUUUCUUCCACCCCACCAUCUUGGCCAAAAUCCCGGGCCGCCUGUUAUGGCUCCGCCACCCAUGGCGUUGGGUUUGCCUGUGCCGAUGAUGGCCCCACCGCUGUCGAUGCGACGGGGCUCGAUGAUGACGACGUCGGCCGAAGAGCCCAUCUACAUGCCGAGUCAAGUCCGUCCGCUCAGCCCCAUCGCCUCGUACGCUCCGGCCCAUUUCCCGCACGAGGCCUAUCUGAUGCAGCAACACUACACGACGCUGGUCCAGCAGCCCAACAAAGGCUCUACCAACCAGACGACGUUGACGAAACUCAAGAAAAAGGACAAGAUGAAGAAGAAGAUGAUGAUGCAACAACAACAGCAAAUGCAGCCACUUCAUCCGCUGCAAAUGGAUCCGGCCCAAAUGAGCGCGAUGGACGGAAUGAGUUUACAUGGCGAGGAAGUGUCUUUGAAUAGCCAGUCGGGCGGUGGAGGCAUUUACCGCAAAGGCCAUUUGAACGAGAGAGCCUUUUCAUAUUCAAUCCGGCAGGAGCAUCGAUCACGCUCUUAUAGCUCCUUGGCUGGCCUGGGAGUUGGAGGAGGAAGUUCGGGUGGCGGUGCGGCUACGUAUCCAUCUGGACCCGAGGACCUGCGUGCUCACGACAAGAAGGAACGCGAGCUGAUUCAGAUGGUUCACGAUCUGGAUCUGUCGGGCGAUGACCUGGAGCGUUCCGAAGUGCCCCUAGCCAUGUACCCACAUCACCAUCGGCAGCAGCCACGUUGAAACAUCGUUUUCUCUUCCAUUUUCGCGUGGGAACGAAAACGACGAGAACGACAUUGACCAGUCGAUCCGCCUAUCUUUUCUUCGGUCUUCAUUGCUGACAACGGAUCAAAAACCGAAAAUGUAACAUGAAAAAGAAAGCCUAACACGACAAAGGAUGAUGGCCUCAUUUCUGGCCUAACGUAAACAAGUAAAAAUAUUUCUAUAUUCCGUCCUCUUUUAAUAUCUAUUUUAAUCUUUUCUAGUAUUAACUUUUUGACAAUGCUACUGAUAUAUGAGUUUAAAGACUAUUAAUAAUCUAUUCAUAGUUUUAGAAUGUGUCCAGGUCACUAUUUCAUAGAUGCUCAAUGACGGUUGUCUCUUUGUCCUCCCCUUCUCCUUUUUUAAUCUCUUCAUCUUUUAAAUACUAAGGAUGCAAAUGAAUGUUCCAUUUGAUUUUUGUUGAUUUCUUCAUGGCACGGACUGGGUUUCUACCAAUCGGUACAAAUCCAGUCGAUUGCUUUUCCCCCUGUUUCCUGAAUGAAGAAUGUGUGACUGUGCCAUUUUCUGUGGUGGGAAUCAAUUGAUGCAAAUGGGAAGAAAAUCUGAAUGACAGUCAUGUGACCUGAUUAGUAUCAACAUUGCUUCCCAUUUUUUUUUUCUCCUUCAUCAUCCUGUGUAAUUUGUAGACCAAUAAUUUUAAUUAAAAGUCUCAUUGUCUAGGGUUUCUAUUGAAUAAAGGGUGGUUUGGGUUGCAGGUAAAUUAGAGCAUGAAAGUGAUGCAGACGGUUCAAAAUUCUGAAUGAUGCAAUUGACUUUGGAUGAGAGGAAAUUGUUAAACAUACAAUACACGUCAUGAAUAUUCGGUCAAAACAA